AUGGCCACCCGCAGCGCCGCCCUCAAGAUUGACUGGACCAAGGUGUCGAGCUCGCUCGGCCUCCGCGGCCAGACCGCCGCUUCCCUGCAAUCCUUCAAGAAGCGCAACGACGAUGCUCGCCGCAAGAUCCAGUUGCUCUCCGAGCAGCCCCAGACCGUUGACUUCGCCCACUACCGCGGUAUUCUCAAGAACCAGGCCAUCGUCAACGAGAUCGAGAACCACUUCAAGACCUUCAAGCCUGCCAGCUACGAUGUCAACCGCCAGUUGAAGGCCAUUGACGCAUUCGAGGCCCAGGCUGUCCAGAACGCCGAGCAGACCAAGGGCAAGGUCGAGGCCGAGCUCGCCAACCUCAAGAAGACCCUCGACAACAUUGAGACUGCCCGUCCAUUCGAGGACCUCACUGUGGACGAGGUUGCCGCCGCCCAGCCCGAGAUCGACGAGAAGACCGCCUCCCUCGUCUCCAAGGGCAAAUGGAUGCCCCCCGGAUACAAGGAGCGUUUCGGCGAUCUGUCCGCUGUCUAA